GGGCGGUGCGGGUGCGGGUGCGGGUGCUCCCGGGCCGCGCCGCGUGCGCCCGGUAGAGGCGGCCCUGCGUGCCGUGCGCGGCGUCCGGGGCGCGCCCGCCGCUAUCCAGCUUCCCGGGCUCAUUAGCAGUCUCCGUGUGCGGCUCGGCGCGGGCUCACAAAGAGCUGCGGCGGCGCCCGGCUCUCGGCCUCGCCGACCCAGUCGGGGGCGGCGGCGCAUCGCGCAACCCGCGCGGGCGCAGUUCUCUGGAUAUUGAGGCACUGCUGAAGCUCAGCCAGGUGACACCCCCUCCAUCCCCAACCGUCGGUGGUAGACUUUCCUGCAGACAGGGACAGGGAGAGCCAUCCUGUGUGUUGGAGACUGCCGGAAGACUGGAUCACCAGGGGAGCUCUCAGGACAUUAUCACAGCACUCAUUUCUGUGGCUGCUUCCAGGUAACAAUGGCUGUGUGAGUGUCUGCCAUGGCCCACCGCAAGCGCCAGAGCACAGCAAGCAACAUGCUGGACCACAGGGCCAGGCCAGGUCCUAUCCCCCAUGACCAGGAGCCUGAGAGCGAGGAUACAGAACUGCCUCUGGAGAGCUACGUACCCACAGGCCUGGAGCUGGGCACUCUGAGGCCAGAGAGCCCCACGCCUGAGGAACAGGAGUGCCACAACCAUAGCCCUGAUGGGGACUCCAGCUCUGACUAUGUGAACAACACAUCUGAGGAGGAGGACUAUGACGAAGGCCUCCCUGAGGAGGAGGAGGGCGUUACCUACUACAUCCGCUACUGUCCUGAGGAUGACAGCUACCUGGAGGGCAUGGACUGUAAUGGGGAGGAAUACAUAGCCCAUGGUGCACAUCCUGUGGACACCGAUGAGUGUCAGGAGGCAGUGGAGGACUGGACGGACUCAGUGAGCCCUCACGCUCAUAGCCAUGGGGCUGAAGACAGCCAGGAGUACCCAGACAGCCACCUGCCUAUCCCAGAGGAUGACCCUACUGUCCUGGAGGUCCAUGACCAGGAAGAAGAUGAGCACUACUGUUCCAGCAAGGAGAGCUACCAGGACUAUUACCCCACAGAGACCAAUGGGAACACAGGUGGCGCUUCUCCCUAUCGUAUGAGGCGUGGGGAUGGGGACCUAGAGGAGCAGGAGGAAGACAUCGACCAGAUAGUGGCUGAGAUCAAGAUGAGCCUGAGCAUGACCAGUAUUACCAGUGCCAGCGAGGCCAGCCCUGAGCACAUGCCUGAGCUGGAUCCCGGGGAUUCCACUGAGACCUGUCCACCCAUUGACACUGGCCAUGGACCCAGUAGGCAAGAAGCAAGGCCCAAGUCACUGAACCUUCCCCCUGAGGUUAAGCACCCUGGAGACCCCCAGAGAGGACUCAAGACCAAGACCAGGACCCCAGAGGAGAGGCCAAAGUGGUCCCAAGAGCAGGUUUGCAAUGGCUUGGAGCAGCCAAGGAAGCAGCAGCGUUCUGAUCUCAAUGGACCCACUGACAACAACAACAUCCCAGAGACAAAGAAGGUGGCAUCAUUUCCAAGCUUUGUGGCUGUUCCAGGGCCCUGUGAGCCAGAGGACCUCAUCGAUGGAAUCAUCUUUGCAGCCAACUACCUGGGCUCCACCCAGCUGCUCUCUGAGCGCAACCCCUCCAAAAACAUCCGAAUGAUGCAGGCUCAAGAAGCUGUCAGCAGGGUCAAGAGGAUGCAGAAGGCUGCUAAGAUCAAGAAAAAAGCGAAUUCUGAAGGUGAUGCUCAGACGCUGACAGAAGUAGACCUCUUCAUUUCUACCCAGAGGAUCAAAGUCUUAAAUGCUGACACGCAGGAAACCAUGAUGGACCAUGCCUUGCGCACCAUCUCCUACAUUGCAGACAUCGGGAACAUCGUGGUUCUGAUGGCUAGGCGCCGCAUGCCCAGGUCAGCCUCUCAGGACUGCAUCGAGACCACACCUGGGGCCCAGGAGGGAAAGAAGCAGUACAAGAUGAUCUGUCACGUGUUCGAGUCAGAGGAUGCCCAGCUGAUAGCCCAGUCAAUUGGGCAGGCCUUCAGUGUGGCCUACCAGGAGUUCCUGAGGGCCAAUGGCAUCAACCCCGAAGACCUGAGCCAGAAGGAAUACAGCGACAUCAUAAAUACCCAGGAGAUGUAUAAUGAUGACCUCAUCCACUUCUCAAACUCCGAGAACUGCAAGGAGCUGCAGCUGGAGAAGCACAAGGGUGAGAUUUUGGGUGUGGUAGUCGUGGAAUCAGGCUGGGGCUCCAUCCUGCCCACCGUGAUCCUGGCGAACAUGAUGAAUGGUGGUCCAGCGGCUCGCUCGGGGAAGCUGAGCAUUGGGGACCAGAUCAUGUCCAUCAAUGGCACCAGCCUGGUAGGGCUGCCCCUUGCUACCUGCCAGGGCAUCAUCAAGGGCCUGAAGAACCAAACACAGGUAAAGCUCAACAUUGUCAGCUGUCCCCCGGUCACCACAGUCCUCAUCAAGCGUCCGGACCUCAAGUACCAGCUGGGCUUCAGCGUGCAAAAUGGAAUCAUCUGCAGCCUCAUGAGAGGGGGUAUUGCAGAGCGAGGUGGUGUCCGAGUCGGCCACCGUAUCAUCGAGAUCAACGGACAGAGUGUGGUAGCCACAGCCCAUGAGAAGAUAGUCCAGGCUCUGUCUAACUCAGUGGGAGAGAUUCACAUGAAGACCAUGCCUGCAGCUAUGUUCAGGCUCCUCACAGGCCAGGAGACCCCGCUGUACAUCUAGGUACACCCAGCCUCGCCAUGAAGCAGGGACACCAGGCAGACCCACCUGGGCCGGAGGAGCCAGAAGCCAGGACAAAGCCCUGACCCCUGACCCUGCUGCCCAACCAAGAACUCUGGCUCCCGGAAGGAAGGAAGGCUGUGUCCUUGUCACCUAGUUUUUUGUUUGUUUGGUUGAUUGGUUGUUUUUUUGUUUGUUUGUUUGUUUUGUUUUAGUUUUGUUUUGGGUUUUGCCAAAAAAACAAAAGAAGGGGGAAAAAAAAGAGGUAUGUCCUUACUGAAGGAGAGUCGCAGGACAAUCCUUUGUAACAGAGUUUCCAGUCUUCUGCCACAUUCUCAUCUCGGCUGAUGAAGGGUGCUCACAGGUAGUUCUGUGUGGUGUGCUGUCUCUCUACUCCCUGAGGCUAUGGAAUGUGAAUGUGGUGCCCGCUCGCCUGUCCAUCCAUCUGUCUGUGUGGCUGUGAAGCGAGCCCUCUGUGAGGCAGCUGCAGCCUUUUCUGCCCCUCGCUGUGACACCGGGGGUCCAGGGGCGUCCUAGAGGGCCAAUAUGCUGGCCUUGCCUCCUCUGCACAGGCGCAGGGGCAACCUGGCCCCCAGGCUGAGACCUGUGCCAAGUGUGGGAACGUGUGAUGGAUUGUAAGUAUUUACGCAGCAAGGGGAUGCUCCUGAGUUAAAUAAAAAAUCAUGGUCACGAUGUCAAAACUCCAUAUUUAUUUAGCAAAUAAUAGUUUGGACUUUGACCUUGGCAAGCCAUUCUCUGGAUGUUUAGGUGUCCCGACGAUCUGUGACCACUGCUGCUUCUCCUGCCCUCGCCUGUUCUGAGUCCCCUGAGACCCUGUCAAUCUCCCUGGGCAUCCUUCCCUUGACUGACUUCUUCUCCACCACAGGGCUUCCUGUUAGGGGGCAACAUCCUGCCAGGGACAAAGGCAGAGGCAUGGGAAAUGCUCCUAUUUAAACAGCAAAACUCUACUGACACCUACACAUAUGUAGACACACACACAUACACACUCCUGUCCCCAGCAACGGAAGCCCACACCAGAAAACCCCACCUGUGCCCUUCCAGAAGGGACCAUUGAGAGUGCGAAUUACUUGUCAAGUGAGCUGCUUGGCCAUCACUCACAGAGCAGUGUUAGUGUGUCAUGGACCAAGGAGGGCAGGGGCUGGCUCAGCGCAUUAGAGAUCAAUGUUAACUGACAUCAUUUUGUCUGGCAGCCUCUUUUUUUGGCUCAGGCCUUGAAGAAUACACUGUGACUUAAGAAGCCUUACCACACAGUAACUAAAGAUUUAGGAUUACUGUACUCGAGGAGUAAGUAACCUGUGUGUUGCAUGCAGCUGACCCUAGGGAGACUUCGUGCAUAAUGCUAAUAAACCUGAAGUCAU